AGACGCGAUCCUGCUCUAUAAUAAUUCAAGAGAAUACGUCAUAAUACUAAUAUUAAAAUGGUUUUAAUAGUGUUUGGUUAUGCUGUGUACUGUCGACGAAAAUUAAAAAUAGUGAAAGUUCAAAGUGAUGGAGCCCACGAGUCCAUGCUCAGCGACGAGCACAAGCCGCAAAUCACAAAGAAGGAAACCAGGAAACAGGACGACUAUGAUGCUCUACAAAGCUUUCUUCGCAGCAUCAGCUCUACCGCCACUCUCCCGCCCUACGUCAAGGGAGAGACUUACUCCUCCUACAGAGGUGUUUUUAACCAGUGUCUUAUAACAUCGGCUGUGCUGAUCCUAGCGGCGGGAGCGGGCCACCCCAUCGGCUUCUCGGCCGUGGCGCUGCCCCAGCUAAGGGACGAAAACUCCACCAUGAGGAUAGACGACGAAAUGGGAUCUUGGAUAGCCAGUAUACACUCAGCGGCGACGCCGCUAGGGUCAAUGCUGUCAGGGCCAAUAAUGGAGGCGAUAGGCCGGCGGAGAACUCUGCAGGCCUGCGUGUUGCCACUCAUCGUGGGCUGGGUCAUAAUCGGCACGUCGGUGCACCACGCCGUUCUGCUGCUCGGUCGCAUCAUAUGCGGGUUCGCUGUGGGCAUCAUGGCAGCGCCUUCACAAGUGUACUUAGGAGAGAUCUCAGAGCCAAGACUGCGAGGUAUUCUCAUCGGGACGCCGUUUGUGGCUUACUCCCUCGGAGUUCUAUACGUAUAUGCCUUGGGAGGCGCCCUGCCGUGGCGCUCCGUGGCAUAUCUCUCCGUGGUGCUGCCAGCUCUUGCCUUCGUGGCUCUCUGCUUCUCCCCUGAGAGCCCCACGUGGCUCGCGCGCCGGGGCCGAUUCCACGAAGCCAUGGCUGCCAUAUCACGCCUGCGGGGCGACCCCGAUAUUGCGCAACGCGAACUCCACGAGUUGAUCUCAGCCCGGGAGAAAGAGAAGGCACGGGGUGAAGAGAGCAUCAGGUUCCUGGCCACAGUGAGGCGCGCGCCGGUGCUGAAGCCGCUGCUGCUCAUCAACGCCUUCAACAUGCUGCAGAUCCUGUCCGGCAGCUACGUCGUCAUCUUCUACGCCGUCGACAUCGUGAAGGACUCGGGCGGCUCUAUGAACCCUCAAAUGGCAGCAAACGUAAGUGCCUUAGUAAGGUUGUGCGUGACGGUGAUGGCGUGCAUCAUGCUGCUGAAGAUGACGCGGCGCGCGCUGGUCAUGAUCUCAGGAGUGGGGACGGCCUUCUGUACCCUGGUGCUGGCCUUCAUGCUGACCCAGGGUCGCGGCUCCGGCUGGCUGCCGCCAGCGCUCAUCCUCGGCUACGUCGGGUUCAACACCCUCGGCUUCUUCCUCCUCCCUGGACUCAUGAUCGGCGAACUCCUCCCCACAAAAGUCCGCGGCCUCUGCGGCGGCUACAUAUUCUGCCUAUUUAACACCGUCCUCUUCGGAUUCACCAAACUCUACCCCAUCAUGAAAAACGCCAUCGGAAUGGCUGGAGUCUUCGGCUUAUUCGGCGCCUCCUCCGCCCUCGCCACUAUCGUCCUGUACUUAAUGUUACCAGAAACUAAAGGAAAAUCUCUGCUACAAAUUGAACAGUAUUACCAGAAAUCCAACAUCAUGUGGGUGACGCGGAAGAAAAACGGUGACAGCGACGCCGUUUGAAAUGAUUAGUGUAGUAAUUGUUAUAUUGUUGUCUAUGUUAUUUAUACGCACGAUCUGUGACUUAGCAUUCGUAACGUGUUGUAUUGAUUCAACAUAACAGUUCUGUUUGACUGUUUAUCAUUUAGGUAUCGUGAUCUUUAUUUCUCGUAAUAUGAUUUAGAUCUUAAUCUUAGUUAAUAGCACCAUAAAACCUUUCUAAAAUAAGUAGACAACAGCGUUUUAUGUUCCUCGGGACUGAUUGCUAGAUUUGAUUAAGCAUCUUUUCAUUAAAUACAGCAAACUUUGCCAUUAGGCGGUACUUAGAAAAUUAUAUUAUUACGUAUUUUAUGUGAUAUUAUUAAAUCUACUGACACGUAUUAAGUAAGACAAUGUUGACCAAAUAUUUCAGAUAGAAAAAAUACAAAUACACAUCUGUGAUGGUAUGAUAAAUAUGAGCCAGCUCCUUUUAUAUUUUAGAUUGUUUUAAUAGCGCCCAAAUAAGUGCAUUUAUACGCAACUUUUACAAUGAUUAAUGUUAAAAAAACAAGAAAUAUGUACGUGUAUUUCAUAAAUUGUAUCAAUAAAGGGAAUGUCAUUGCUAUAACUUUUACAAUACGAGAUUUUUAUCUGUGAUUUAUAUAAUUACCGUGUUGUACAUACAUAAUAAAUGUGUAGGUGCUUCUGAGACUAUGUAUUUAGCGUAAGAGUUAUUUUUUCUAUUGUAUAGUAGAAAAUAUACAAAUUGUGAUAUGAUUAAUAAAAAUAUAUCGAAA